GUGAGAAGCGUCCGUUGUCCGGCGCGCUCCGCGCAUUCCCGCCCCUGCGGCGCGCCCGCACUCACUUCAAAGGCUUCGCUUGACUCAGAGCGCUGUGACGUCAUGAAACGCAAGGCGCUCUCGAGCAGAUGAGAUGCCAGAGCGCAACAGGCGAGCGCACAUCGCGAGCUCACAACUACAAUGACAACUUCCUGAUAUCUUUACCAAAAGUUUAUUCGAACUCUUUGCACUUUUGUUUUAAGGCAGCAUUGGCUUUCUUUUGUGUUCUGUGUGGUGCUAUGACUGUUGACGAGAUGAAUUCAUCACUACUCCCCAGAGAUUCGCUGAAGUGGAUUUCUGUAGUUGGGAUCCUGUGGUACCUGUUGAUUCGGUGUGACUGCUACAAUCUGGAUGUGGAGCAUCCUUUAGUUUUUCAGGGACCCAAUGGAUCAUUAUUCGGAUUCUCGGUUCUGCUUCAUCAGCAUGCAGAGGACUCGUGGCUGAUAGUUGGAGCGCCUGUGGCUGAUUCCAGCUUUUAUCCUCAUACCAAAAAUCCUGGAGCCAUCUACAACUGCAGUGUGUGGAGCUCCCAAUGUGAGCAGCUCCCUGUUGGAGGUGUACGGCACUGUGGAAAACACUGUUUGGCAGAGAAUGAUAACCAGUGGCUCGGUGUCAGUCUGUCCCGGCAGCCCUCAAAAGGCCAUGUUUUGGCAUGUGGACAUCGGUGGAAGAAUAUCUACUACUCUAGUAGAGACAAUCAGAACAAGCUGCCGCAUGGUGUUUGCUUCAGAUUCAGCCCAGAUUUGAAACAUGCCAGUCAUAUUAUCCCCUGCUAUAAAGAUCAUCAAAGGAAGUUUGGUGACGGUUAUGGGUCAUGUCAAGCAGGAAUAUCAAAUUUAUUUACAGAGGACCUGAUGGUCAUGGGAGCUCCUGGUACCUCGUACUGGACCGGAUCCGUUCUUGUCUACAACACCACAAGCAACAUUUCAGCUGCUUAUGUGGAUGAUGACAGUGAAGUUCUCUAUGGCAGCUAUUUAGGUUAUGCUGUUAGUGCUGGACACUUUCUAGAUCCUCAAAGCACUGAGAUAGUGGGUGGUGCUCCCCAGCAUGAACAGACUGGUAAAGCCUACAUAUUCAGGAUUGAGGGCAACACUUUGAAAAUCGUUGCCAAAACCAAAGGCAAGAAGCUCGGCUCUUAUUAUGGAGCUAGUGUAUGUGCUGUUGACCUGAAUGCAGACGGACUGUCCGAUCUGCUGGUUGGGGCUCCUAUGUUCAGCUCAGUCAGGGAGGAGGGACGUGUUCAUGUCUACAUAAACCAGGGAGAGGCUAAAUUGAAAGAGGCAGACUUUGAGUUAGUUGGGAGUGACUCUUACGCAGCACGUUUUGGAGAAACCAUCAUGAACCUCGGUGAUAUUGACGAUGAUGGAUAUCCAGAUGUGGCCAUCGGAGCCCCUCAGGAGGACGAUCUGCGUGGUGCUAUAUAUAUCUACAAUGGGAGGACAAGUGGUAUUGCACGGAGUUUCUCUCAAAGAAUAACAGGCUCUUUGUUGGGCAACAACUUCAGGAUGUUUGGCCAGUCAGUGUCUGGAGGAGUUGAUAUUGAUAGCAACAAUUACCCAGAUGUUGCAGUGGGAGCGUUCCUGUCAGACUCAGCUGUGGUGUUCAGGACGCGUCCAGUAGUGAAGGUGGAUGCUGUCAUGUUCUUGCCUGAGAGCUUGAACCGGUCCAUAGCCCAGUGCACUGAAAACGGUCUUCCUGCCAUAUGUGUCAAAGUUAAGGUGUGCUUUAGAGUCGGAGGGAAACAAAUCCCAGGAAGCAUAGAGCUGAAGUACAACAUUACAGCUGAUGUUCACCACAAAGAUGGCUUCCCUUCCCGAUUUUAUUUCAGUGGAAACGGCACAUCCAAUGUUACAGCGGGGAGAGUGAAGGCCAAGCAUGAGCAGCUCACUUGUGCCACCCACCAGGCCUUCAUGAAGAAAGACGUCCGGGAUAUCUUCACACCCAUCCAUUUUGAGGUGAAAUAUGAACUUGGAGAGCACCGCGUGCUACAGAGGGACUCCGGGGGCUUGCCUUCUCUCAAACCCAUUCUACAGCAGAAGGAUGAACAUGGCAACGUCGUGAAAAACGAGACCAUCUUUGCCAGAUAUUGUUCCUGGGAAAACUGCUCGACCAACCUGCAGGUUUCUGCUCAUCUGGUUUUACCACAGUCCUACAGGAACAUUCCAUACUUUGCCCUGGGUAAUGGAAAAAGCAUCAUGUUAAACACCACACUGGUCAACAUUGGAGAUGAUGCUUUUCUACCCAAACUUUACCUGAGGUUUCCCAGCAACCUGCAUUUCAUCAAAGUGCUGGAGGAAGAUAAAUACAUCAGCUGUGAAAUUGCAGAGGAGAAUAAAGUGACCAUUGGACUGGACUGCAAUGUUGGGAAUUUAUACAUCCCCCCUUUCUCAAAGAUCAACGUCACCUUUUUACUAGAUGUGAUGCAGAACAGCAGUGCGGGAAACCUUAGCAUUAACAUCAAUGCAACGAGCGAGAACUUUGAGAACACCGAUCUUCAGCACGACAAUGUGGCUGUUCUUACGUUGCCCUUGAGAUAUGCAGUUGACCUCAAUGUUCACGGAUUUGUCUCUCCGACUUCAUUUCUGAUUGGAGAAGAAGAGUCGGUGCCGGUCGACUGCUAUCCUGAGAAGUUCAAUUUUACGUACAAGGUGAUGAAUAUGGGUCCUAGUAAAGCUCUUGAUGCGAGAGUAAAGAUCGGCUUGCCUCUGAUGCUGGUGCCAUACAAAUACGAGCUAAUCAGGAUCACCGAUUUACAGACAACUCUUGGGCAUUGCUUCCAGAGGAACAAUUCAGUACAGAUUAUUGAUGACUGUGACGUCCCAGAAGCUUCCUUUAUUGAAGAACUUGUAUUCUUUUUCUCCCCAAAAAGCAAGCGCAUAAUGUUCUGUGGUCCUGAAGAUAAGACCUGUAGGAUGGUGGAGUGUCACUUCGGUGACUUGGAGGUUGGAAAGGAAGUUACCAUCACUAUGGAAGUGGAGCUCAACCCCAGGGUUCUCCAGAUGAGUCCAGGCAGACACACUGUCAUGGUGAUACGUGGCAUGAUUGACCUUAUUUCACCAGUAAAAGAUGCCGACACCAUCCUACUACAGGAUUAUGUUUCUGCUAGAGUGUUCUUGGAGGCUCUGCACAGCAAUAAGCCUGUGAUGGCUGUGCAGAUUUUUCUAAUAGUAUCCAGUCUGAUCGUUGGGCUGAUGAUUUUAGCACUGCUUGUCUUUGCCCUCUGGAAGCUUGGAUUCUUUGAGCGGAAGUUGAAGGAGGAGAAGUUUGACCGGGACAGUUGGGACUAUGUACCUAAGAAAGAGAGCGUGUCAUAAUAUGGGAUUUACACAACAUACAAAACCAAUCAGAAUGGAAGGGACAAACAUGAGGACUACUGCUCUGUCAACAUCAAGAGCUGCACUCAUGAUAACCUACGGCCAUUAACCGUAAUGGCUGAGAACAUUCAUCACAAAGACUGUCAAAAGAAUCUGCAUUUUCUGUCAGCAGGAUGAAGCCAAUGCACUUUAGAGUAUGAAACAUACUACAUGAGCUCAAUGAAUCACUCCAGGACUGUGCCAAGGGAGAAAAGGAUUCAGAAUGUACUGUCGCUACAGAACGUUACGGCUCUGUUCCAAAACCUAGUGAGCAACCUUUGUAGGCAGCAUUACUUUGGAGGCCUUUCUUAAAGGUGGGAAGCGUGGCCAAAUUUUAAGGCAGCAUUACAAAUACAAUUUAUAAGGUGCUAUUCAAGUUUGGAUUCUGCCUUCACAGCUGCCUAUUUAGAUAGGAAGACAGCUCACUAGGUUUUGGAACGGAGCCUAAGUGUUUCAUCACAGGUUUGCCUAUGAUCACUGAACAUAUUGGCUAAUGGCCCGCUGUAGAGGAGAAAUUGCACUGCUGUAGCUUUUCUUACUAAGGUUAUUCCUUUGUUUAUCUGAAGAGAGCCUUGCUCUUUUACGCCCGCAAGUUAGUAUACCCUCCACAGAGGUGACACAGGAUUUUCUGGCACUUUCCAUCACCCUUUCUGAAGCAGAACAUUGCUGCGAUAGGGGUUUUCACACCUUUGCAUCACUGCAGUAUCGGUUCUCCUUGCAAAAAAGGAGGAAAUGACACGCAUUCUCUCUCCUUCCAAACUCUCGCUGCUGAGUUCAAUAGUUAGAAGUUUAAUGGAGAUGCCAGAUGGAAGGAGCGAGUGUUUGCUGUGUGCUCUGGCUGGGUGCCAUGGAAACGUGGCAAAGGAGGCUGCUGUUGUGUGUCUAUACUGCACUACAGAAGAGUGACAGGAUUGGCAUGUGUCUGGCUCCCAGCCAUUGCUUAAGUGUGUGUGUGUGUGUGUGUGUGUGUGCGCGUGUGUGUGUGUGUGUUCAUUUAUAGGACAUGAAAUCCACAAAUACACAAAGCACCAUCACCGCUCACUCAUAUGCAGGCCCAUAGGGAAUCCGCACGUGAAGAAAGCUCUCGGCUAAAUUCAAAUAUUAGUCAAAAAUUAUAUUCAAUAAAAUAUAUAUUUAAGGUUAGAAUUGAAAACAUUCGUAAACACACAGCACCGAGUAAUUUUUAAUAAAUAAAAAAUAGGGAAAAAAAUCUAUAAAACUACAGCGAAAGUUAGCUUUUGUAAUUUCAAUUAAAUUUAAUUUCCCAUACAUGAUUAUCAUGUCAAAUGUGUCAUCGUAUGCAAAAUGAUUUUUGGUGCUGUUAUAAGUAACAAAAACUAAAACUAAAAUGUACUGACAUUUUAUGAAUACAAUUUUUACUAAAUAUUCAAACAAACAACAAAAUUAUGAACUAAACUGAAAAUAAAUAAAUAAUAAUAUUAUUAUUCAUUAUUAUUAUUAUUAUUAAUAAUAAUAAUAAUAGUAAUACAACAUUAUUUUAAAUAACAUAAUAUCUAUAUUUUUUUAUAUUCUAGAUUAUAAAACAUUUAUAAAUUAUUUUACAAAUCCCUUAUUCCCAAAAUAAAUGCAUAAAAUAUGGAAAUGUCAGCUGGUUUUGCUUGGGCCUGUUCAAAAGAGUGUGUUGGUGUAUGAAUCAGAAAAAUCAAAGAUCAAAUUUAUGGGAUAUAAUCUUUAGAUUUGGGAAACCACAUCGAAUGGGUUGCUUGACAGUGCUUUUUAUAUAAAAUAUACAAAGAGAAAAAAAUGUUCAGGGAAUGGUAUACAAAAAAAAGCACAUUGUUUUUUUUUUUGUUUUUUUUUUUAAAUCAGUAUCUUUAUUAAGUUAAUGUUUUCAUUUUAUUUCCUGUGUUUAAAAAGUAUACAAAUUUUUGUAAAAAAAAAAACUUUGGUUUAAUUUAAAUUUUUAUGCACUGGAAUGUACUAUGUGUUAUAUGUUUUGCUCUGUCAUAAAAUGUUCUAUAUAAAUGUUAAAGCUUUG